AUGAAUACAAGUGAAAAUGAAGCUACAAUUGGAAUUACUCAAAAUCAACUUGCUGAAUUAAUGGACAAGCUUCAACAGGUCAAAUUUGGUCAACACAGUGCAUCAUCUUCUGACACUCAGGCAACUGCCAAUUGUGCUGAUAUAUUCCUACCUCAUUCUGCUUCUUUUCCUAAGCCUACCAAAACUCAUUUCUGGAUCAUUGACUCUGGGGCAUCUGAACACAUGAGUUUUGAUCUUACCAUUAUGACUAAUGUCACACUUCUUGCUAAACCUAUCAAUGUCACUUUGCCUAAUUCUCAAAGAGUUAGAGUCACUCAUGCUGGUCAAGUCACUGUUCAUCCCCAAUUGACCUUACACACAGUCCUAUUUGGACUUUCUUUGAGGAGGCCACUGGUUCUUGGUGAAAUUCAGGCUGGAUUGUAUCUUCUUCAUUCCACUCAUCAACUUGCAGAGUCUUCUGCUCCCCUGCACACACAAAAUAAGACUUUAGUCACUCCAUUUACUAAAUUUGCUACUUUACCUUCAGUAUCUAGUUCUAAUGCUUCUAUGUCUACUUCUGUUGUUUCUUGCACAAAUUUGUGGCAUAUUAGAUUGGGGAAUUUGCCUCCAUCCAGUAUGAAAUACAUUCCUAGUUUUAUGCAGCACAGUUCUAAUGUGACUGAGUUUCCUUUUACUGUUUGUCCAAUGGCCAGACAACAUAAAUUGCCUUUUUCUACUAGCAUCAGUUCUUCCUCACAUGCCUUUGAAUUGAUUCACAUAGAUACCUGGGGUCCUUACAAGACUUCCACUCAUGAUGGUUUUAAUCUUUCAUUUCCAUGGUUGAGACCCAAUUUAACACCAAAAUCAAAAAGAUUGGGUCAGACAAUGCCUUUGAAAUGGGUAGUAGCAUUGUUGCCACUGAUUAUCUUCUUUCCAAAGGCAUCAUUCAUCAGACAUCCUGUGUGGCACCGCCACCCUCAACAGAAUGGGGUUGUUGAGCGAAAGCACAAACACCUUUUGGAAACCUGUAGGGUUUUGCUAUUUCAGUCUCAAGCCCCCAUUUGUUACUGGGGUGAAUGUCUCUUGACUGCUACCUUUCUCAUAAACAGGUUUCCUACUAAACUUCUUAACUAUAAAACUCCUUAUAAGGUUAUGUUUCAUAAGGCUCCUAACUAUACUUUUCUUCGCAGUUUUGGUUGCCUAUGUUUUGCCUCUACUUUAUCCCACCAUAGAGGUAAACUUGAUCCUAGAGCUGAUGCUUGCAUCUUUCUGGGUUAUCCUUAUGGUAAGAAGGGUUAUAAACUACUCAAUGUUCCAACUCGCAAACUCUUUAUCUCCAGAAAUGUUGUCUUUCACGAAACUAUCUUCCCAUUUUCCUUUUUACAAGAUCAACCUCCACCUCUAUUUCAUGUUUCUCCCUCAUCCUGUGAUCCUAUUCCUAUUUCUCCUACUACAUUCUUUCCUCCACCUUCUCCUGCUACCUCUCCUGGUUCUCCCCCUUCAUCUACUCAUGUUAGCCAAUGUACUCCUUCUACUGUAUCUCCCUAUUAUGUUCCUUCUUUGCCUUCUCCUAAUCCCCAUUCUGAUUCUCAUAUUACUUCUUCUUCUCCUACCUUUCAAACUAUUCUACGCAGGUCUUUUAGGGAGCAUAAGGCUCCUACCUACCUAGCUGAUUAUGUUUGUGGAGUUGUUCAUCUUACUGAUGUCUCCACUUCCUGUUUUCUUUCUCCUGUACUUCCACAACAUUUUUCUUUUGCUACUCUAUCUCCUUCCAACCAGAAACUCCUAAGCAUCCUACCUCAUAUUCAUGAGCCUAAUUCAUAUUCUGAGGAAACGUCACACCCAGGUUGGCAGGAAACUAUGGGAAAGGAAAUUGAUGCUCUAUUAGCCAAUGAGACUUGGGAAGUUGUUCCUUUACCUGUUGGGGGGAAAGCCAUCCCUUGUAAAUGA